AUGUUGCAGCAUGAUAAUGCACGGCCCCAUGUUGCAAGGAUCUGUACACAAUUCCUGGAAGCUGAAAACAUCACAGUUCUUGCAUGGCCGCCAUACUCACUGGACAUGUCACCCAUUGAGCAUGUUUGGGAUACUCUGGAUCGGCAUAUACCACAGUGUGUUCCAGGUCCUGCCAAUAUCCAGCAACUUCGCAAAGCCAUUGAAGAGGAGUGGACCAACAUUCCACAGACCACAAUCAACAACCUGGUCAACUCUAUGCGAAGGAGAUGUGUUGCACUGCGUGAGGCAAAUGGUGAUCACACCAGAUAUUGA